CCUCUCUCUCUGCUCUCUCCUUCUCUUCAGAUCCAGUUUUUUUCUAACGAAAAGAUGCGUGAGAUUCUUCACAUCCAGGGCGGUCAGUGCGGGAACCAGAUCGGUUCAAAGUUCUGGGAAGUGGUCUGCGCCGAGCACGGCAUCGACCAGACGGGACGUUACCAGGGAGACUCCGAUCUCCAGCUCGAGAGGGUUAACGUCUACUACAACGAGGCGAGUUGUGGUAGGUACGUCCCACGCGCUGUUCUGAUGGAUUUGGAGCCUGGAACCAUGGACAGCGUUAGAUCUGGUCCCUACGGACAGAUCUUUAGGCCUGAUAACUUCGUGUUCGGUCAGUCCGGUGCGGGGAAUAACUGGGCGAAAGGUCAUUACACGGAGGGUGCUGAGCUGAUUGAUUCGGUGCUCGAUGUUGUGAGGAAGGAAGCUGAGAACUGUGACUGCCUUCAAGGGUUUCAGGUGUGUCACUCGUUAGGAGGAGGAACUGGUUCUGGAAUGGGGACGUUGUUGAUUUCGAAGAUUAGGGAGGAGUAUCCAGACCGUAUGAUGUUGACGUUCUCUGUGUUUCCGUCUCCUAAGGUCUCGGAUACUGUUGUUGAGCCGUACAAUGCGACGCUCUCUGUGCAUCAGCUUGUGGAAAACGCUGAUGAGUGUAUGGUGCUUGAUAAUGAGGCGCUGUAUGACAUUUGCUUCCGUACCCUCAAGCUUAGCACUCCAAGCUUCAUGAAAGUAUAUACUAGUUUUCUGUGA